CAUGAACGUCGUCCCAGGCGUGAGCAAGGUCCACAGCGGCGGCGGGUAUGUGACCCAAAAGACAGAGUGUUCUUACGACCGUACCGACUCUCGUCUCAGUCAGGACUUUGACCCCCUGAGCAUCAACAGCGGCAAUGGCGAUCGCAGCGACUCAGCGGCUACUGCUACUGGUGAAGUCGAACCCCUCGGAGAGCAUGUCAAAGAGGCCAUCACGGUUAUCAGUAGGCUCGAAGGCCUUGGACUCCAGCGACUACAGAUUCCGCUGCCAAAAUGCGUAGUUCUUGGAGAGCAAUCUACGGGAAAGUCCUCUGUCAUCGAGGCCAUCUCCGGUAUCAAGACGCCUCGAUCGACUGAUACAUGUACCCGCUGCCCCUUGUUCAUCAAGAUGGAGGCUUCCGAUGACCCGCAAGCCCCAUGGGAAGCGAGGAUUAUACUUCGACUCAAUUACAGCUGGGACGGCAAGCCUCGGAGCAAGUUCCCAGGUUGGGUCGCGAACGCCAGCCCCAAAGAGGUUCCAUUUGCGUCCGUUAGUUCUCCGCACGCCUUGGAGGAGCUUAUCGCUCGGGCCCAGAAGGCGAUACUAGCGCCGCUGAACGAUCCAGAAGAGUUCUUGCAACCCGCCGCACUCUCCCGGGCACCGAACACUUAUCAUCAAGCCCAGUUCAGUCCCAACGUUGUAUGCAUCUACGUAUCGCAGCCGGACCUCCCAUCCUUGUCAUUCUACGAUCUGCCAGGCAUCAUCGGCCAGUCUGAGUCUACCGCCCAACACUUCCUCGUGAAGUUUGUGAGGGACUUGGUCUCAGACUUUGUAAGAGACCGCGACUCUUUGAUCCUCGUGACGUGCUCCCUGGAAAACGACAUCGCCAACUCAACGGCGGGAGGAAUUGCUCGAGAUCUCAAAGCUACCGACCGUUGCAUUGGCGUCCUGACGAAACCGGAUCGACUCCCGCCCGGAAGCCGUGAAGACAGGUUACGGGACGUCCUGGACGGCAGGCGUUUCUCCCUUGGUCACGGCUACUUCGUUGUGAAGAACUUGGGCCAGGAUGCUAUUGACCAAGGCCUCACGCAUCGUGACGCGCGUCAUCAGGAACGGCAAUUUUUCCACAAUGCCUCUCCUUGGUCCACUGCCUUUGGAGACUAUCAGGACCGCUUCGGAACGAUGAACCUGCAGACGUACCUGUCCAAGCGGCUCGCAGCGCAAGUACUGAAGAUGCUUCCAACAAUUCGAGCGCAGGUACACGAACGUCUCCAAAAGGUCGAAGCCGAUUUGAAGCAGCUCCCCGAACCGCCGACGCAUAACGCCACCCGGAUUAUCUCCGACAUCCUCCUAGACUUCUCUGAGUACAUUCGGAAGGAGAUGGAAGCAGAGUAUCCGUGUCGGGCAUGGCGCAACACUUGGGAGUCUCUCCACAAGAGCUUUCUAAAAGGUCUCGUCUCCAUGAAACCCACAAUGCUCACCAGCGGGAAGCUAGAUGAGUGCCUGCGCCUGUUCGACUCCGGGUUUUCUGGAAAGUCCGCCGACGAAGCCCUCGUCAUUGACUCAGAUGAUGAGAAUGAUGAGGACACAGAAAUGGCCAACAGCGACGCAUCACCACCGAAGAAGCGCAAGGUGGGGCACAACACGCCUACGCCGGCCGCCACGAACGCUCUUGGCCGCCAUGCGCAGACCCCUGGGACUCCUUCCAGCUCCAGGGUUGUUGACGUGAAGCCAGUGAUCCCGGACAGCGAUUACGCUAGCUUGAGGAAGGUCUUCAAGCUAGACGAUGUCGCGCGCCAUCUAAAGGAGACCUGCAAGUCCAGAAUUCCGGACCAGCUCGAGCCUAAAGUUAUGGAUGAUUUGAUUCUUGCAACUAUCCAAGAAUGGCACCGACCAUUGGAGCGCUUCUUCAAUGGCUUGGAAAAGGAGCUGAAGACGAUGAUUCAGUCCGUCUUCCAUCAAAAGUUCGGUCAAUGGCAAGGCAGUGCCCUCUAUCGAGACGCGUGGGCUAUUAUCGAAGACCUUCUGAACACCAAUUUCAUGGAGCAGCGAACCACUAUGGCCAUGGAGAGCCUAAAUGACGAACGCGACGGCCCACAUAUCUUCAAUGAGGAUACUUUUAAUCGCGAGAAGGCCCACACGCUUGAGCAAUACCGUCAAGCACGAUAUCGCGCACGCCUCAAGAAGUUCGCGAACGAGAUGCAGGCCCAGACCGGACGUCCCUUUACGCCAGCUGACCAAGAGAAGCUACGCAAGGACGACAAAAGGCAUGCGCUGCUCAUGGAGGAGCCAUACCGCAAGGAGAUCGACGUCAUAGCCCAGGUGGCGUCGUAUUAUAUGACUGCUGCUCGCCGCUUCUAUGAGUCUGUCUGCAUUCGCGUCGAGUCUAAGUUCUUUAAGCGGCUGCGUACUACUUUGCGCGACGAUCUUGACACUGGCCUCGGCAUUCACGACGACAAAGAUGGUUCGCAGAACGCCAUGCAACUUCUCGCCGAGCCGACUCAUCGCCUCGAACAGCGUCGGGAGCUACAAGCCAUGAAGAACGCGCUGCUUCAGGGCUUGCAGUGUCUAAAAGAGCUCCAGGAUAAGUACGAGGACGGUCCGCCUUCUUCUUCGCAGGCAGAUGUCUCUUACGGCAUGAAUGGUUUCGGAUCGUUCGGGCCGACUUCCACUCCGUUGACUGAGGAUAUGGUGGAUAUCACUCGGGCUGGGCAGACACAUCGCUAAGGCGAGAACACAAGGGGGAAUCCGCGCGGAAGGUCGUAAGUGGUGCGUUGUGGCCGCUCCGCCACUGCGCGAGAUCCUAUCUUUGCGUGGGUCAUGUCUCUUUGAUUUCUACUUUGCUACGACUUAGCAGCGCAUCUCCUCGCGCAAUUUCUGGAUCGCUUGCGUCCCGCGUUCUUUGACGCCGAACCCCUUGGUUACUGGUUGACGGUCAUUUCGGGUUGGUGUGGUAGGCAUGAGUUGUAUUCAACUCAUCACGACCAUGUCGUUGCGCGGAGCGGGUAAAACCUCUGGUAUAUUCUCCUCCAUACUCUGGUAUCUAGCUACAAUGACAUUGGGUG